AUGCUCUUUUCAACAUCUCUUAUUGCCGUUAUCCUCUCACCGCGCAGACUCCAGAUAACGAAUACGAGGCGUGAGUCUACUAUCUGUGAAUUGACGUUUCCUACGGCAGUGCUUGCGGUCAAGUUGAACCGCAAACGUCUAAUUGUUGUUUUGGAGGAUCAAAUAUACGUAUACGACAUCAGCAACAUGAAGCUUCUAACAACUAUCGAAACCUCACCGAAUCCUAAUGCUAUAUGCGCUCUAUCGCCUUCGUCCGAAAAAUGUUAUCUCGUUUACCCUCGGCCGGUUCCUACAUCGCCCUCGCCUUUUGCGCCGCCUAACAGCACGACAUCUACUACUGCUGUGGCAGGGGUAAGCGGUUCAGGAGAUGUGAUAGUAUACGAUUCUUCGACACUCAAGACGAUUGGCAUGAUAUCAGCUCACAAGUCGCCGAUAUCUGCCCUUGCCCUGAGUAGUGAUGGCAUGUACCUAGCAACUGCUUCGGAUACCGGGACUAUCAUAAGGGUAUUUUCUCUGCCACUAGGCACUAAAAUGUUCCAAUUUCGACGAGGUACAUAUCCCUCCAAGAUAUACAGCAUGGCGUUUAAUCUUGCAUCUACUAUGCUUUGUGUGUCUUCCGCCACCGAGACCGUCCACAUAUUUAGGUUAGUGGAUCCAAAUACCGCAAGUAGCGCCAUGGAUACUUCAGCCUCGCAAAUGCAUGCGGCAUCUGGUUUGCGGCCGAGGAGUGGGAGCUCCGGCGGGUCAAAUGGGUCGAAUACAGACCUCCCGGGGGCUCCUUUCGACGCUAAUGCGGACAACAAACGUCGGAGCACGUCCUUCGCAAGCCUCAUAAGGCGGUCAUCACAAUCAAUAGGGAAAUCGGUUGUCGGAGCUGUGGGCGGUUAUUUGCCUCAGGCGGUCACUGAGAUGUGGGAACCACAACGAGAUUUUGCAUUUGUACGGCUGCCGGCUGCCACAAAGAGCGUCGUCGCGCUCAGCAGCAACAGUCCUCAAAUCAUGGUCGUUACGUCAGACGGGUUUUUUUAUUUAUAUAAUGUCGACAUGGAGAAUGGUGGCGAGUGCAUUUUGACGAAGAAGUACUCGUAA